CCAGAAGCGCGCCGCCGCCGGCCGUCGGGGCCGAGCCGCAGCCGAGCGGCCGUGGGCCGGGGCGGCGGGCGGAGACGCUGGCGCCCUCCCCGCUACGGCCCGUGUGAGGUUAGACUUGUUUCUUAUAUGUGAUGCCAUUCCAGCACUGGACUCAUGGAGGCUGAACAUUUAUUCAGGAGUCCAUAGAGGCUACUGUAUUAUUUUGAAGAAGAUGUCUAACAGUAACACUACUCAAGAGACCCUGGAAAUAAUGAAAGAAUCAGAAAAAAAACUGGUGGAAGAAUCGGUAAAUAAAAACAAGUUUAUAUCUAAGACUCCAAGUAAGGAAGAAACUGAGAAAGAGAGCGAAGAUACUGGUUUGCGUCAGGAGACACAGAGGCGGACAUCCAACCAUGGUCAUGCCAGGAAAAGAGCCAAGUCUAAUUCCAAGCUGAAGUUGGUGCGCAGCCUGGCAGUGUGUGAGGAGUCCUCUGCCCCAUUUGCUGAUGGGUCACUAGAAACCCAGGAUAUAAUUCAGUUGCACAUCAGCUGCCCCUCUGACAAGGAGGAAGAAAAAUCCACAAAGGAUGUCUCUGAAAAGGAAGACAAGGACAAAAACAAAGAAAAGGUCCCAAGGAAGAUGCUUUCUAGAGACUCCAGCCAAGAAUAUACAGACUCCACUGGAAUAGACCUACAUGAAUUUCUUGUAAAUACACUGAAAAAGAACCCAAGGGACAGAAUGAUGCUGCUAAAAUUAGAACAGGAGAUUCUGGAAUUUAUUAAUGACAACAAUAACCAGUUCAAGAAGUUCCCUCAGAUGACCUCAUAUCACCGGAUGCUAUUACACCGGGUAGCUGCCUAUUUUGGGAUGGACCACAAUGUUGAUCAAACUGGAAAAGCUGUCAUCAUCAACAAAACCAGUAACACAAGAAUCCCUGAACAGAGAUUCUCAGAACACAUAAAGGAUGAGAAGAAUACAGAAUUUCAACAGAGAUUCAUUCUCAAGAGAGAUGAUGCCAGUAUGGACCGAGAUGAUAACCAGAUCAGAGUUCCAUUGCAGGAUGGAAGGAGGAGCAAGUCAAUAGAAGAGAGAGAGGAGGAAUAUCAAAGGGUCCGAGAGAGAAUAUUUGCCCGAGAGACUGGCCAGAACGGAUAUCUAAAUGACAUCAGGGGGAACCGUGAGGGGCUGAGCCGAACCUCAAGCAGCCGCCAGAGCAGCACAGACAGCGAACUCAAAUCCCUGGAGCCACGGCCGUGGAGCAGCACGGACUCUGACGGCUCUGUCCGAAGCAUGCGGCCCCCUGUCACCAAAGCCAGCAGCUUCAGUGGCAUCUCUAUCCUCACCCGAGGGGACAGCAUCGGGAGCAGUAAAGGUGGCAGUGCAGGAAGGAUCUCCAGGCCAGGUAUGGCACUAGGUGCCCCAGAAGUGUGCAACCAGGUCACCUCAUCCCAGUCCGUCCGGGGCCUUCUCCCUUGUACUGGCCAGCAGCAGCCACAGCAGCCGCAGCUUCCUGCUCUCCCACCCACGCCUCAGCAACAGCCACCCUUGAAUAAUCACAUGAUCUCACAGCCAGUCCCGGCUCUGCAGCCCUCUCCGCAGCCUGUUCAGUUCUCUCCAGCCUCCUGUCCCCAAGUCCUUCUGCCAGUCUCUCCGCCCCAGCAGUACAACAUGGCAGAUGACCUCAGCAACCCCUUUGGACAAAUGAGCCUUAGUCGCCAAGGUUCUACUGAAGCAGCUGACCCAUCCUCAGCUCUGUUCCAGCCCCCACUUAUCUCCCAGCAUCCUCAGCAGACUAGCUUCAUCAUGGCUUCUACGGGACAGCCCCUCCCCACAUCCAACUAUUCCCCUUCUAGCCAUGCGCCACCUACUCAGCAAGUCCUGCCGCCCCAGGGCUAUAUGCAGCCCCCUCAACAGAUCCAGGUUUCUUACUAUCCCCCUGGACAGUAUCCUAACUCCAACCAGCAAUAUCGACCUCUCUCUCACCCGGUGGCCUACAGCCCCCAACGUGGUCAACAGCUGCCUCAGCCAUCCCAGCAGCCUGGUUUACAGCCCAUGAUGCCUAACCAGCAGCAGGCGGCUUACCAAGGCAUGAUUGGGGUCCAGCAGCCACAGAACCAGGGCCUGCUCAGCAACCAGAGGAGCAGCAUGGGGGGCCAGAUGCAAGGCCUGGUGGUUCAGUACACUCCACUGCCUUCUUACCAAGUCCCAGUGGGUAAUGACUCACAAAAUGUGGUCCAGCCGCCUUUCCAGCAACCCAUGCUGGUCCCUGCGAGCCAAUCUGUGCAAGGGGGCCUCCCAGCAGGGGGCGUACCGGUGUACUACAGCGUGAUCCCACCGGCUCAGCAGAACGGUACGAGCCCUUCUGUGGGGUUUCUGCAACCUCCCGGCUCUGAGCAGUACCAGAUGCCUCAGUCUCCCUCUCCCUGCAGUCCACCACAGAUGCCACAGCAGUACUCAGGAGUGUCACCUUCUGGACCAGGUGUGGUGGUCAUGCAGCUGAAUGUCCCUAAUGGACCCCAGCCCCCCCAGAACCCAUCCAUGGUCCAGUGGAGUCACUGUAAAUAUUACAGCAUGGACCAGCGUGGGCAGAAACCUGGAGACCUAUACAAUCCGGACAGUAGCCCCCAGGCCAACACUCAGAUGAGCAGCAGCCCCGUCACAUCUCCUACCCAGUCUCCAGCACCCUCUCCUGUCACCAGCCUCAGCAGUGUCUGCACAGGACUCAGUCCCCUUCCUGUCCUCACACAGUUCCCCAGGCCUGGGGGUCCAGCACAGGGUGAUGGGCGCUACUCCCUCUUGGGCCAGCCAUUACAGUACAAUCUGUCUAUCUGCCCUCCCUUGCUCCAUGGCCAGUCGACUUACACGGUACACCAGGGACAGAGUGGAUUGAAGCAUGGAAACCGGAGCAAGAGACAAGCACUCAAAUCUGCCUCCACUGACCUGGGGACAACAGAUGUCGUCCUGGGCCGGGUGCUGGAGGUGACAGAUCUCCCUGAGGGCAUCACUCGGACCGAGGCGGACAAACUCUUCACUCAGCUUGCCAUGUCUGGCGCCAAGAUCCAAUGGCUCAAGGAUGCUCAGGGGCUGCCUGGCGGGGGCGGGGGGGACAACGGUGGGACUGCUGAGAACGGCCGCCAUGCGGACCUCGCUGCCUUGUACACCAUCGUGGCUGUGUUUCCCAGCCCCCUGGCUGCCCAGAAUGCCUCUCUUCGCCUCAACAACUCUGUGAGUCGCUUCAAACUUCGAGUGGCCAAAAAGAACUAUGACCUGAGGAUCCUGGAGCGAGCCAGCUCCCAAUAAACGGAGGAGGGGAAGGGACUGGCACAGUAGGGGUGGGGGCAGGGUGGAGGGGGUCGAGGGAUCCUGACAGAUCACGGACAGAGGCAGAAAGGAAGGUGACAGACACUGAACUGGAGCCUGAGACAGUGGGGAUGAAGAUGGAACAGACACACUGGCACUGGACUCCUCCUCGCUCCCCUGCCACGGGUCCCCUCUUUUUCCCCUGGUUGGCCCCCCUUGCUUCCCUCUCCUUCCCAUCCUCUUCUGUUAUUUUUUAUCUCUUCUCCCACCAUGAAAUUAAUUUUUUUCAUAUUUUUUUGGUCAGGUAGAAUUGGGAGGGUCCCACACUCCCCUCUUCGAUCUCCUUACCAUCCCAAGCUCCCUUUUCAUUUCUAGUCUUUAUGAAUAUAUUUAUAUGGACAGAAUUAAGAAAAGCAAAAUUGAUUUCCCCUUUCUCUCACUUCUCCCAUCUUGUCUCCCCAAACCCCAAAGAGUGAAAACUUGGGCCUCCCCCCACGUCCCAGAACACUUGUAUAUUGUUUGUUUGAGGUUCGUGCGGCAGUAACAGACAGUAUUUAAUUGCACAUACAGAUGUUUGCUGGGUAUAUUCACUGUAAAUUUUAUUUAAUCUGAUUUUUUGUUUGUUUGGGGGUUACUUGGGGGGAGGUUGAUUUUGUUUUUAAAUAUAAAAAAAAAAAUCUGUCACUGGA